AUUCUUUCCUAUGAUUAUUUAAUUAUAAAUCUGAUCCCCCAUUUUAUUUAUCUACCAUUCAUCAAUUGCUUGAAUUUUUACAGCUCACAGACACAUGAAAAGCUUCAACACCCCCAGCAACUCCAGCACCAUCAACGGUUUCAUCCUCCUGGGCUUCCCCUGCUCCAGGGAGGGCCAGCUUCUCCUCUUUGUGCUCUUCUCUGCAAUCUACCUCCUCACACUUAUGGGUAAUGCUUCCAUCAUCUGUGCUGUGCGCUGGGAUCAGAGGCUCCACACACCCAUGUACAUCCUGCUGGCCAACUUCUCCUUCCUGGAGAUCUGGUAUGUCACCUCCACAGUCCCCAACAUGUUGGCCAACUUCCUUUCUGACACCAAGGUCAUCUCUUUCUCUGGGUGCUUUCUACAGUUCUAUUUCUUCUUUUCCUUGGGUUCCACAGAAUGCUUCUUCCUGGCAGUUAUGGCUUUUGAUCGUUACCUUGCCAUCUGUAGGCCUCUGCACUAUUCCACUCUUAUGACCAGUCGUCUCUGCAACAUCCUUGUAGUCAGCUGCUGGGUACUUGGUUUCCUCUGGUUCCCAGUCCCCAUCAUCAUCAUAUCCCAGAUGUCCUUCUGUGGGUCCAGGAUUAUUGACCACUUUCUGUGUGACCCAGGUCCUCUGUUAGCCCUCACUUGCAAAAAGGCUCCUGUGAUAGAGCUUGUUAUCUCUUCUUCAAAUGCUCUUCCUCUUGUUUGUCUCUUGCUUUUCAUCACUGGGUCUUAUGUUUUGAUCUUAAAAGCUGUGUUGAAGAUCCCUUCAACAGCUGGGAAACGAAAAGCUUUUAACACCUGUGGUUCUCACCUGGCUGUGGUUUCACUAUUUUAUGGCUCAGUCCUAGUUAUGUAUGGGAGCCCAACAUCUGAGCAUGAAGCUGGGAUGCAGAAGAUUGUGACUCUCUUUUAUUCUGUUUUGACCCCUCUCCUUAACCCUGUGAUAUAUAGUCUUAGGAACAAAGAUAUGAAAAGAGCUCUGCAGAAAUUUCUGGGAACAUAA